AUGGGACCAAAAGCUAUUUUGGGUUUCCUCCUUAUUUCCUUAAUCUCAGCCCAAAUUCCUGAAGAAGAUGGAGUCUGGGUUCUUUCAGAUAUAAACUUUAAUGAAGCUUUGGAGAAGCAGCCAGACCUUCUUGUUGACUUUUAUGCUCCUUGGUGCGGACAUUGCAAACAACUGGCUCCAGAAUACGCAAGAGCAGCUCAAGCCUUGAAAGAGAGAAAUCCACCAAUUAGAAUUGCGAAAAUAGACGCCACUCAGAAUCCAAAACUGAGCCAGCAAUUCGAUAUCAACUCUUAUCCAACUAUCAAGUAUUUCAUAAACAAAAAGCCGAUCGAUUAUAAUGGAGAGAGGACAAAAGACUCAAUUAUUUCUUGGGUCUUGACCAAAUCAGGCUCAAAUAUUAAAAUUAUUUCAUCUUUGUCAAGUCUUCAAACUGAAAUAGAAAAGACUAAGUCGGCUGCAGUCAUUUUUACUCAAAAAUCAUCAGGAGAAUUGAAGCUAUUCAAUGAAGCUUCUAAAUAUUUUGAAGGGCUUCCUUUCAUUCAAUCUACUGACAGCUCUUCUGCAGCUUUUUACAAUGUAAAAGAAAAUGACGUAGUUUUGUUUAAGAAAUACGAUGACCGACAAGUAGUUUUUGAUUGAAGUUCCAAUGGCGAUCUGAUUGAAUGGAUCAAAUCAGCCAAGCGCCCUUGGGUAUGGAGAUUUGACGAAGAAACUGCAGAACACCUAUUUAAAUACAGCAAUCCCGGCUUGAUUUUAUUCAAAAGUGACUCAGAUAGCUCCCUGAUGUCAAUGUUCGAAAAACUCGGAAAAGAACUCAAGAGCGAAAUUCUCUUUAUAUAUGCAGACAUCACAAGACAAGAAAACAAAAGACUCGGCGAAUACAUCGGCGUGGCCCCACGAGAUAUGCCUUGCAUUUAUAUUAUUGAAAAUAAUGGAAACAAAAAAAACAAACUUGACACUUAUAUUAAUGAAGACUCUAUAAGAAACUUCAUUACAAACUGGAAAGAAGGGAGACUUGGAAUUAGAUCGCAGCCAGUGGCAGCCUCUCCCAGUGGCUCUAAAGUGAAAAUUCUGACAGAAAGCAACUUUGAUUCAAUUGUGAAUGACUCUUCCAAAAACGUGCUUGUGGAUUUCUACGCGCCUUGGUGUGGGCACUGCAAAGCUUUGGAGCCAGAAAUUGAAGUUCUCGCUUCUAAGAUUACAGAUGACUCCAUUAUUAUAGCAAAACUUGAUCACACAGCUAACAACAUAAGAGGUCACCCAAUCUCUGCAUAUCCCACAAUAAAAUAUUUCCCAGCCAAGGAUAAGAAGCCUUUAGACUACGAAGGCGACCGCGUCUGGGAAGCCUUACUGCAGUUCGUUACCGACAACGCUUCCUUUAAGUCGCCAAGAACAGAUCUUUAG